UGUGGAAGUCAGUUGCAGGGUAGAUGUCGACCGAGCUCUGUUAAAUACAAUUACUAUUAAACUUCUGUUGUAGCGAUUCUGUGUACUCAACAGAGAUCUGUGGUUGAAUUACCUUACAGACAUGCAUGUGUUGUUCCUUGGAGAUCUGAUGUGGAUCUACUUGCUGCUUCUGUGUUGUGCAUCAUGUAACGGUAGACCAGAUCCCAGGAAACGGGACGCUCUCAUAGGCCUGGAGGCAUCUAGACGGACAGGAGGUGACAUUACGCUGAACCAGAGAGAAAAACUGCUUGAUGGAAAACUUCAGAAAUUGAAGCAGCAUGAUAUGGAGGCAGGACAGUUUCCACCGUCCAUGCAUUUCUUCAAGGCAAAGCGCCUCAUUGACCAAAGUCCUGUCUUUAAUUUGAUACAGAAGAUGCCUAAAGGUGCUGCACUGCACGUACACGACUUUGCUAUGGUUUCAGUGGAUUGGCUGGUGAAGAACGUGACCUACAGAGAGAACUGCUAUGUUUGCUUCACAGACAAGCAGACCGUGCAGUUCAUCUUUUCCACUGGACCACCAGCAUCCAGUUUACACUGCUCCUCAUGGACUCUGCUCAGAUCCCUCAGGGAAAAAAUUAAAAACACCACUGAACUGGACAACAGUUUUAUUCGAAAUCUCACGCUCUUUACUGAAGACCCAGAUAGAGCUUAUCCUAAUCAGGAUACUGUGUGGGAGAGGUUCGAGCAGGUAUUUUUAGUGGCCUAUGGGUUGGUCACUUAUGCCCCUGUCUUUAAAGACUACCUCUAUGAAGGUCUCCGACAGUUUUAUGAGGACAACAUCAUGUAUGUGGAGAUCAGAGCACUGCUGCCACAGACAUAUGAACUCGAUGGCAGACUGAAUGAUAAAGACUGGAGUAUGGCUGCCUGUCAGGAAGUUGUGAACCAAUUUAAAAAACACCAUCCAGACUUCAUCGGGGCUCGGGUGAUUUUCACUGUCCACAGAAAAAUAAAUGCAACUGAGGCGGUGAAGACAGUAGAGGAAGCAAUGAUACUGAGAAGAAACUUUCCAGAUGUCAUGGCAGGUUUUGACUUUGUAGGACAGGAAGACCUUGGAAGACCUUUGUGGUACUUCAAGGACGCUUUGAGUUUACCUGAAGACAAGGGUUUUAACCUGCCCUACUUCUUUCACGCUGGAGAGACAGAUUCACAGGGAACAGAUGUGGAUCAAAACCUCAUGGAUGCUCUUCUGUUCAACACCACACGUAUCGGGCACGGCUUUGCUUUGGCACGUCACCCUGUGGUUAAAGAGAUGGCCAGAAAGAUGGACGUGCCGAUUGAAGUCUGCCCUAUUUCAAAUCAGGUGUUGAAGCUGGUCUCAGACCUGCGGGAUCAUCCGGCUGCAGUGCUGAUGGCUGAAGGUCAUCCUCUGGUGAUCAGCUCUGAUGAUCCUGCUGUUUUUGGAGCCACGGCUCUUUCACACGAUUUUUAUGAAGCUUUUAUGGGUUUUGGAGGAAUGAGCUUUAAUUUAGGCACAUUGAAAGAGCUAGCUUUAAACUCCCUCAGGUACAGCACAUUGCCAAGUCAAAGAAAGGAGGAAGCUAUCGACGCUCUGCUAGUAAAAUGGGACAAGUUUGUUUGGGAAAGUUUACUUUGACAGGACGUUACCACAUCAGGACGUUUUUAAUUAGGAGGCCAUUGUUUACAAGACAUCUACGUCAUUUGUUUGUCGUAUUGGUGAUACUGAGGUGCGAAAACGCCAAUUUAUGCUGAGAGAAACAGAAUGUAAUGCCUUGAACUGAUCUGUGCUGCCAUCUUGUGGAGAAUCUGAAGCAGUGCUUUUGUGAAUAUUAAUCGUGGUUUCAGAUUUAUAUAAAUGUAAAGUCACACAAUCUGAACGGGGUUAACUACUUAACUACUCAGGAUGCGUGAUAAACCUUGUCUUGUUGUAAGUGUGCAUUAAAGGGAAUGUUCACGCAACAAUGGUAAAUUCAGUCAUCAACUUGCUUGAGUUUCUUCCGUUGAACACAAAGAAGUUUUUAGGCAUUCUGCAAAGUACCAUUUUUGUUUUCAACAGAAGAAAGGAACUCCUGAAGGUCUGUAACUAUUUAAAGAGGAAAUAGUGAGUAUUUUUGGUGUGAACCGUCUUUUUAAAGCUCAUCUGAAAAGAGGUUUCACGGUUAUUAUAAUAUAACUCCAUCUUUGGAGAACAUUUUUUACCAAACCUGAGAGAGUUGUCCUCAAAUUAAAGACUAUUUACCUGAAAAACCAUUCAGAAAAGUUUAUAAUGAUAUUUGGAAGUGUUCAUUACAGCUUUUUAUAAACACUGAUCAGUAAUCUUCCUUACAACAUUCAAAUUAUUAACUAACCCCUAACCAACAUUUUUAACUGCGUAAACCCUGACAAGCUGACUUGUUAUCUGAUUGCGGUUUGUGAAUACAAAACUCAUAUGGUUUAAAAUAUGAAAGUAUUAAUAUUAAUAAAAAAAAAAGUAUUGCAAAAA